AUGGUAGAAAAGAACUUAGAGAAUGAGAAUGAUGAUGUAAUUGUUAAUGAAGAUGGUCAAGAAAAUAUUAAUGAAAAUGAAGUUGAUAUAGAUAGAAAAGAUGUUCAUGAUAAUUUGAGUAGCAAUGAAGGAAUUGAGGAAUGGAAAAAUCUUGGUGCUAGGCUUAAAACACAUGAAACAAGUAAUGAGCAUAUUGUUAACAUGAAUGCUUGGAUUGAUUUAGAAUUGAGACUUGCAAAUAAUAAAACAAUAGAUAAAACUAAAAAUAAUUUGGCAUUUCGUGGAAAUAAUGAAAAGAUCUACCAAGAGAACAAUGGAAAUUUUUUUAGUUUAAUUGAAAUGAUUGCUGAAUUUGAUCGAAUUAUGCAAGAACAUGUUCGACGUAUUCAAAAUGAGUUGAUUCAAUUAUUAGCGAGUCAAGUGAAAAAUACAAUUUUGAAAAAAGUCAAAGAGGCAAAAUAUUUUUCAGUUAUACUUGAUUGUACUCCUGAUUUAAGUCAUCAAGAACAAAUGUCUCUUAUAUUGAGUGAACUCACAAAAGAAAUUGAAAAUUUGAAACUUGACAUUAAUGACAUAAGAGGACAAGGAUAUGAUAAUGGAUCUAACAUGAAAGGAAAGCACCAAGGUGUACAAAAGAGAUUAUUAGAGUUAAAUCCUAGAGCAUUAUAUACACCUUGUGGUUGUCAUAAUCUUAAUUUAGUACUUUGUGAUGUUGCUAAUUCUUGUGUUAAAGCUGUAUCAUUUUUUGGUGUUUUACAAUCUAAAAAAAUUGCAAAUGAGAUGGAAAUUGAGCCUAAAUUAUGUGAAAAACGUAUUGACUAUUUUCUUUUCAUGAUUGUUCAAAUUGUUUGUUCACUUAGAAAUAGAUUUGAACAAUUUCAAGUUUGCUUCAGCAGAGAGAAGUUUUUCGAAAUUGAAAUUGAUAAAAUCUUAUUUAAGAUCAACUAUGUUGCAAGAGCGAUUGAGUUCUAUGACUUGGAGAUUGUUCAUUGUGAAAAAGUUGGAGAAUAA